AUGGUACAACUUAAGUGCUCUGCAUGUGAAACAGACGUGAAUGCCUCUGGUGAAUGUAACUGCAAUUACUCUAUUGAGUUUGGAAAUGAAGAGUAUAUGGAGAUGUACAAGAAUAAUUUCACUGAAGUAAUCAAAACUUUUUCAAACUCCAUCGAGAAUGGAACAUCGAGAGAUGAUACAAAUAUAAGUCAUCAGAAUUCUCCCAGACAGCCUUAUACUCUUCCUGUUAGAGUAUUGCUUUGGGGGACUCGAAUAAUGUGGGAUACAAUAAUUGAAAUUGUUGGCCAUGAGCUGAAUUGGCAGCAAAUACUUGAAGACAUUGAAUUGAAUAGAGUACAGUUAGGAUGGCAUUUUUUGGAUUCUGAGGAGCAGGUUGAAGUAUUUGGAAAUUCUUUUGAAGAUUUUGCAUUUAGAGGACCUCCCCCAGCAGCUAGGAGUGCAGUGGACAGUUUAGAGAGACAAACGAUAGAGGAGGAUAGAGACUUCUUGUGUUGUGUAUGUCAGGCUACUUUGUUGGCUGGUGAAAAAUGUGUGAAAAUGCCUUGUAAUCAUGAAUACCAUGAGGGAUGCAUUUUGCAAUGCCUGGCAACUUCUAACUCUUGCCCGGCCUGCAAGUUUGAACUGCCCACUGAUGACCCAGAUUAUGAAGCACGAAAACAAAGGAGAAAUAGAUGA